AUGGCAGAUGAAGAAGAGAAUCCCACCUUUGAGGAAGAAAAUGAAGAAAUUGGAGGAGGUACAGAAGGUGAACAGAGUAAAAGAAAGAGAGUUUUUUCUAAAGAAUUAAGGUGUAUGAUGCAUGGGUUUGGAGAUGACCAGAAUCCUUAUACUGAAUCAGUAGAUAUUCUUAAAGACCUUGUCAUAGAGUUCAUCACCAAAAUGACUCAUAAGGCAAAGUCAAUUGGAGGAAGUCAUGGUUGGGUACAAGUUGAAGAUAUCAUCUUCUUGAUUCGAAAGGAGCCAAGAAAGUUUGCUAGGGUUAAAGACUUGCUUACUAUGAAUGACGAUUUGAAACGCACUAGAAAAGCAUUUGAUGAAGCAAACUAUGGAUCUUGA